UCUCUCUUUCCCAUACAGACAUCACACCCUUUCCCUCUUGCACAAUCACAUUCACAACCUCUCUGUCUCUCUUUCUUUCAUUUCUUACUACUUCCAUGGCUUCUUUUGAAACAAGAAUGAACAAUGGAAGAGAAAAAGAAGAGGUCAUAGCAAACGGUGUGAAAAUAAGAGCACUUAUGCAGAAGCUAAGCCCAUCCUCUACUUACCGUGUCAGAAUCCCUUUUUCAUCUUCUGCUGCUUCACCAGCAGCUUCUCGUCAUCUCCACAACCUCUCUGCUCAUGAUUAUCCUGUUUUCACUCCUAGCUAUACAGAUGAGCCUAUGUCUGCAUUUCAUCACAAGACUCUCACGUUACCUGAGAAUUGGGAUGAAUCUUGUGUUGGUUUGGUGGGAGAAAGUGACGAUCAUGACUUGAGACCUACGUAUCUCUCUGAUUCCUACAAAACCUCAACUUCAAGAAAGAGUUUACAACCACAGAAAGACACUCUCAGAUCCCCACGGUUACAUUCUAGAUCGGUCUCUUCUUGCAAUGAGUACAAACAAAGAGGUUUCAACACCAAGAACUCUAAUCUUGUUGUGCCCUUGACAGAUUCACAUCCCACUGUUGUUACUUCUCACACAAGGAACCUCGGAAACAGAGUGUUUUCUUGGUUGUUUCCCAAGUUAAAGAAAAAGCAAAAGAGCAGCUCAAUUUUUAACUCCCCUAGUAGAACCCAGAAAUCAGAAGAAGUUCCUGAGGUGUUGAAGAGAGAGUUGAUGCAAGCAAAGAGAAGCAGAGACGCUGCGUUAAGACAAGUCUCAGAGAUGAGAUCUUCACUGAGAGAGUUCAACGAGAAGCUUAAGUACUUGGAAAGUUACUGUGACAGUUUAAAGAAAGCUUUAGUGUCACGAGAGAAGAACUCAGAGAUGUCAAUGAGUGAAGAUGUGAUGGUUGAAGGGUUCUUGCAGAUUGUAUCCGAAUCAAGAUUAUCAAUAAACCACUUCUUGAAAACAUUAGUUACAGAGAUAGACGAAGAAGAAGACACGACUCUGAUUAGUAACAUCAACACUCUCCUUCAACCACACAACUUAUCAUCCACCUCUAAGUACUCCAAAACCUUUCAGUACCACUUAGAAGCAAUCAUAAGCCAAUCUAUAUACCAAGAUUUUGAGAACUGUGUAUUCCAAAAGAACGGUAAACCGAAGUUUCUUGAUCCUGAACAAGAUCGAAAAGCGAAAUUUUCGUCGUUUGCUUCUCUGAGAAACUUGAGCUGGAACGAGGUAUUGAAAAAGGGUACAAAAUACUACAGCGAAGAGUUCAGUAGAUUCUGCGAUGAGAAGAUGAGUUUGAUCAUUACGAUGUUGAAGUGGACAAGACCUUGGUCUGAACAAAUGCUACAAGCGUUCUUUGUCGCUGCGAAAUGUGUAUGGUUGCUUCAUUUGCUUGCCUUCUCGUUCAAGCCAGCGUUAGGGAUCUUGAGGGUGGAGGAAAACAGAGAGUUUGAGUCAAGUUAUAUGGAUGAUAUUGGUGCAGAUAGGGACAGGACAAUAUGUGGACCGGUGCGGGUUAAGGUUAUGGUGAUGCCUGGUUUUUAUGUUCAAGAUAGGGUUUUGAGAUGUAAGGUUCUUUGCAGGUAG